AUAAAACCUGGUGGUUGAGCAACAUACACAUCUUCUGAAAUCACUCCGUUUAAGAAAGCACUCUUGACAUCCAUUUGAAAUAGAGGAAAAUUAAAGAAGCAGGCAAAAGCACAUAAUAAGCGAACAGAUUCAAGUCGAGCAACUGGGGCAAAGGUUUCGUCAAAGUCAAUGCCCUCCUCUUGACAGUAUCCUUGGGCAACUAGACGAGAUUUAUUCUUAAUAAUGACCCCAUCCUCAUCUGACUUGUUUUUAUAGACCCACUUAGUUCCUAUAACCGUUACGUUUGGUGGACGGGGAACCAAAUCCCAAACCCGUAGGUGCUCAAACUGAGCAAGUUCGUCUAACAUAGAUAAUCCCCAUUCCUCAUCAUUCAAUGCCUCUUUAUAAUUCUUCGGUUCAAACUGAGCUAUGUAUGCAAAUUGGCCAGGAACAUACUUACCUCGAGUACGACGGCCAUCAGACAGAUUACCUAUGAUCUGACUCUCCGGAUGACGUCUUUGUAUAUGUACUUGAGCUUUGGGAAUGGCUUGUGUGUCAGAUGAUUGCAUUACUUGUGAGGCAGUAGGACUGGAGGAGUGCACAGUGAGUGGAUUAGUUGCAGACAACAUCUCUGAAGUACCCUCGUGAGUAGCACUUAAAGGAGACACCAUUUCUGCAAAAUCAAAAGGAGCAACAGCAUCUUCUCCAAGCUCAAGAGAAGGGUUAGUGUCAUCAAAACGAACAUGAACCGAUUCCUCAACUCUUUUGGACUUCUUAUUGAAUAUACGAUAAGCUUGUCCUUUCACAGAGUAUCCUAGGAAAAUGGCUUCAUCGGACUUAGCGUCAAAUUUUCCGAGAUGUUCUUUAGUAUUUAGAACAAAACACCGACAGCCAAAAGGGUGAAAAUAAGAGAUACUAGGCUGUUUAUUUUUGAAUAGUUCAUAGGGGGUUUUGUUCAAAUGUUUGCGAACUAAAACACGAUUCCCCACAUAGCACGCAGUGCUAACAGCCUCAGCCCAGAAAUGCUUUGGUAACUGAUAUUCAAGCAACAUAGUGCGAGCGCACUCAAUUAGAGUACAAUUCUUGCGUUCCACCACUCCAUUCUGUUGAGGAGUGCGUGGGGCAUAAAAAGUAUGGAGGAUCCCAGUUUGAUUACAGAAGCUUUCAAAUUUGUCUGAGAUAAACUCCCCUCCGUUAUCACUCUUGAUAAUUUCAAUUUUCCCUUCAAACAGCAUAGUAAAAGUUCUAAAUUUGGAAAACGCUUCAUCUUUGUGGGAAAGGAAGUAAACCCAGGUAAAUCGGGAAUAAUCAUCCACAAGGACAAAAGCAUAAUUCUUACCCCCUAAACUGGUUACAUUGCAGGGACCAAAAAGAUAUGAAUCAGUUCAAGGACUGACUUUGAUGUAACCCCUUGUUUAGGUUUAAAACUUUUCUUUGUGUGUUUAGCAGCAACACAUAUCGCUCACCCCUCAUCACUCGAUUGUUCUCUCGUCUUGAUAUCGACCUUUCCUCAUUUCGUACUGUCUCCCCUACUAUUUAUGUGUCUAUCGACCAAAUGCUGGAUGCCCUGGAGAUUGCGAUUGGGGGAGAGGAUCUACCUGCUGCUGCUGCCGCUGCUGUCCUUGAAGUCGAUGAGGCGGAGGAAGAACCUGAAGACUUGGAACCAGAGGAGAAUAUGGUACCUGAGGGAGAGGUUGAACCGGCUUCUGAAGAUUCGUUUCCUGCAGAUCUAGUGGUCCUGUAUGAGACUGAUGAAGAAGUUUUUGGCUCUGAUGAUGAAGAUCGUUUUUGACAUAUCUGUCGUGCCCUGUUUGGCUUGCUGUUGUCCCAGACUUGUUGGUUUUGUUGGUUGUUUUAAGUUUGACUGGAACUUGCUGUCUUGAUAUUAGACCUUGUUUGUUUUUGGAUUUUGCAGUAGUUGUUGGUUUUGGUCUCUGUGAGUUUUGUUUCUGGUGGGUAUCUAUUGUUCUGUUUGGAGUUUGGUGUGCUGCUUGUUAUUUUUGCAGGAAAAGGAUCAAUCGCCAAUCUCUCACUUAGGGGAAGAUUGAUGAACGAAAUAAGAGCUUGGCGAAGGAUUUCUUUUGGUAAGUUUUCAAGUAUCGGGUGAGAAAGGAAGUUCCUCUGUCAAGCAGUAAUUCUGGCGGAAAAUCAGCAACGGCUAGCUUGAUCAUUUCCAACGGAGCUUUGAUCUUCUAUAUAUAUAUUCUAUUUCUCUGUAAAGCUCAUUAAGGUUUUGUAACAAGAAAGGAGAGUGGUAGAGGGCUUGUCUUUUGGGUUACAAAGGGUAUCAACAGUUCAGGGGAAGAGGUUCUUAGCUGUUGAGGGUUUCACAGAUCGGAUUGUGAUUUGUGGUGGCUGUUGGUUUAGAUUUUUCACUUCGUUUCUCUGUUCUCUUUUACUUUUGCUUGAUAGGAAAAAUCUCAAUAAAAAAGAGUCUGCUCUUGUUCUUCGUUUUCUGUUUGCUGGAGUUCCUCUGUUCAUCUGGUUUUUCAACUCUGUUUUUCUGCUAAAGGAAGAAGAGAGACGUUGCUGCUCUCUCUCUCGUGUGGGCUUUAAAUCUCUUUGGGCUAAAAUCAAGAGAGUUCACUGUUGCUUGUGUCUUUUCUUUUAAGUUUUAAGUGUUUUGGGCUUCUGCUUCCUUUGGCCCAAUCCUCUUUAUCUGCUCGGUAUUAUUGUCGAGCAUCAGAGGAGAUUGCCUUCCAUUCAUUUCGUCUUUUCCUCCCUUUGCUUUAGGCUUGGUCAAAAUCCCUAAUUUCAUUUCUAACUCUUUCCAUAGUUACCCCGCUCGAAGGGAUAGAGGAAGCCUGUGUGUAAUAUAUAGUAAGGGAAGGAAGUUCUUUUUCUAACUAAGUAGCUAAGCAGUGCCAUGGGGACUACGAUAGACCGAUGCCAAGCAAAGCAAUGCUAUCCUUCUUGUUCUAAUUAAAAUGCGAGCAACUUCAUUCCUCUCCUUUCUUUAACCAAACCAAUUGAAGUGGAUCACCUAUAAAGAAGAUUGGCCCUCUCAAUAAGAGAAGACGUAAUUUACUUCAAUUUCUGAAUGAAUCCCGGAGUGUAGAACCAUAGUAGCAAUUCUUUUUAUUGGUUCGUUGGUACAUUAGUUUCAUAUGUGUUUGACAAGUCUAUUUGCUUUAUUUGGAGGUCUUAUUGGGUGAAUCACACUAACAAAAAAGUUUCUGUCACAUUCUUUGUCCACGACAGAUUGAGUAGUUUCAACGAUUAUUCCAAUCGUGGUAGAGAAAUUCGCUUGAAUUUGACUUUUUAUGUGUUGGGGUCUUGAGUCCACCAACAUAUUUUGCCAAGCCAAACUUACGUAUCACAAUUUCCAUACUUCUGACCGGUUUGAUGUAAGACUAUUGUUACAAAGUCAUAUUUAACCAACUCAAUAGUGUUGACUAAGUUCAUCUCGGUGUACUCAUAUUGACGAUGUUGGGCGUGACGCACGUUAUUAACUUAUUAUUACCAUGCACAAAACAAAUCAAUAACAUGACAAUAUAAUAAUAUAUAGACGUGAAAUACAGCAACAAAUACAAU